GUCGCCUCUUGGCCACAGCGGAGCGCUGUUUAGCUAUGUUUCCGAGCCCAUGGCAACAACCGCGUUUUACUGAAUCAUUUUAUCCAUCAUCAAUUCCCACAAUGCUCCGAGAGAUGCCAAAAUAUUGAGGUUUUCUAGGUAUGAUGGCGCUAGGUGUUGUACACUAAAAAGAGAGUAACCUAAAACCUGGAGGGACUUUUAUUAACUGAGAGGAAAAAACGGAGCGGCGAACUACUGAUGUUCAAAUCUAGCUGCUGAGAUUCAUGGAAAAAGGACACGACAGCUCCACCAGUAUGGCAGCGUCAGAGCUGUACACAAAGUUUGCUCGGGUGUGGAUCCCUGAUGCAGAUGAGGUGUGGAAGUCAGCAGAGCUCACUAAGAACUACAAACAUGGAGAUUCCACCCUACACCUCACACUGGAGGAUGGAAUGGACAUUGAGCACAAGCUGGAUGAUAAGACAAAGAACCUUCCUCACCUCCGGAACCCUGACAUCCUGGUGGGGGAGAAUGACCUCACAGCUCUUAGCUACCUCCACGAGCCGGCCGUCCUGCACAACCUUAAAGUCCGCUUCACCGACUCCAAACUCAUCUACACAUACUGUGGUAUUGUGCUGGUGGCCAUUAAUCCCUAUGAGAACCUUCCCAUCUACGGUAGUGACAUCAUCAAUGCGUACAGUGGCCAGAACAUGGGAGACAUGGACCCUCAUAUCUUCGCUGUGGCUGAGGAGGCUUACAAACAGAUGGCCAGAGAUGAGAGGAACCAGUCUAUAAUCGUAAGCGGUGAGUCAGGAGCAGGGAAGACUGUCUCAGCUAAAUACGCCAUGCGCUACUUUGCUACGGUCAGUGGAGCAGCCACAGAGGCCAACGUAGAGGAGAAGGUCCUCGCAUCCAACCCCAUCAUGGAGGCGAUAGGAAACGCUAAGACGACUCGUAACGACAACAGCAGUCGUUUUGGGAAGUACAUUGAGAUCGGCUUCGACAAACGCUACCGUAUCAUUGGAGCUAACAUGAGGACAUAUCUACUGGAGAAGUCUAGAGUGGUGUUUCAGGCGGACGAGGAGAGGAACUAUCAUAUAUUCUACCAGCUGUGUGCGUCCUCCCAUCUACCAGAGUUCAAGAAUCUGAAGCUAGGUAGUGCUGAUGUCUUCCACUGCACCAAUCAGGGCCGGAACCCGGUCAUCGAUGGAGUCGACGAUGCUAAAGAGAUGUGCACAACACAACAUGCCUUCUCACUGCUAGGCAUCAACGAGUUGAACCAGAAGGGGCUGUUCCAGGUCCUGGCUGCCAUCUUACAUCUGGGCAAUGUGGAGAUCAAGGACCGAGACUCUGACAGCAGCAUCAUACCUCCCAAUAACCGCCACCUGACGGUGUUCUGUGAGCUGAUGGGCGUGACCUACCAGGACAUGUCUCAUUGGCUGUGCCACAAGAAGCUGAAGACAGCCCAGGAGACCUACAUCAAGCCCAUCCCUCGGCUGCAAGCCUCCAAUGCCCGCGACGCGCUCGCCAAACACAUCUACGCCAAAGUCUUCAACUGGAUCGUGGACCAUGUCAACAAAUCUCUACGCGCUACCGUCAAACAGCACUCCUUCAUAGGAGUUCUGGAUAUCUAUGGGUUUGAGACGUUUGAGAUCAACAGUUUUGAACAGUUCUGUAUCAACUAUGCUAACGAGAAACUGCAACAGCAGUUUAACAUGCAUGUGUUCAAGCUGGAGCAGGAGGAGUAUUUGAAGGAGCAGAUUCCCUGGACUCUGAUAGACUUCUAUGAUAACCAGCCAUGUAUCAACCUCAUAGAGGCCAAGAUGGGGGUACUCGACCUACUGGAUGAAGAGUGCAAGAUGCCUAAAGGUUCAGAUGACUCGUGGGCCCAGAAGCUGUAUAACACCCAUCUGAAGACCUGCUCUCUGUUUGAGAAACCUCGCAUGUCCAACAAAGCCUUCAUCAUACAGCACUUCGCUGACAAGGUGCAGUACCAGUGUGAUGGCUUUCUGGAGAAGAACAAGGACACAGUGAAUGAAGAGCAGAUCAAUGUCCUGAAGGCCAGCAAGCUAAAGUUGGACCUGCUAGUGGAGCUGUUUCAGGAUGAGGAGAAAGUGACCAGUCCAACAGGGACCGCUCCAGGAGGUCGAACACGACUCAGCGUCAAACCAAAAGAGGUCAGAUCUGGAGCAAGCAGCAAGGAGCACAAGAAGACUGUUGGCUGCCAGUUCCGGAACUCUCUGGCUAUGUUGAUGGAGACUCUGAAUGCAACCACUCCUCACUAUGUUCGCUGCAUCAAGCCCAACGACCUCAAGUUCCCCUUCACGUUUGACCCUAAGCGAGCGGUGCAGCAGCUCAGAGCCUGUGGUGUUCUGGAGACCAUCCGCAUCUCAGCCGCAGGCUUCCCAUCCAGAUGGACCUACCAGGAGUUCUUCAGUCGUUACCGGGUUCUGAUGAAGCAGAAGGACGUCCUGUCGGACAGGAGGCUGACCUGUAGGAACGUCCUGGAGAAACUGGUGCAGGACCAGGACAAGUACCAGUUUGGUAAGACUAAGAUCUUCUUCAGGGCUGGUCAGGUUGCCUACCUGGAGAAGCUGAGGGCUGAUAAGCUGAGGAAGGCGUGCGUCCGUAUCCAGAAGACCAUCCGCUGCUGGCUGGUACGCAAGAAGUACCUCCGAAAGAAGCAUGCUGCCAUCACCAUCCAGAGAUACACCCGCGGACACCAGGCCCGCUGUCUGGUUAAGUACAUGCGUCAGACCCUGGCAGCCAUCACUAUCCAGAAGUUCCAGAGGAUGUGUGUCCAGAGGAAAGUGUACCUACAGAAGCAGGCUGCUGCCCUGGUCAUGCAGACUAUCCUCAGAGCGUACAUGGCCCGACAGAAAUACCAAGGGUUGCUGCGUAACCACAAAGCUGUGUUCAUCCAGAAACACGUGCGUGGCUGGCUGGCCAGACAGCGGUACAAGCGCUCCCUGCGAGCCAUCGUCUAUCUGCAGUGCUGCAUCAGGAGGAUGAAGGCCAAGAAAGAGCUGAAGAAGCUGAAAAUCGAGGCCCGCUCCGUUGAACAUUUCAAGAAACUUAACGUUGGCAUGGAGAAUAAGAUCAUGCAGCUGCAGAGGAAGUUAGACGAACAGGCUAAAGACAACCGUGUGACUAGCGAGCGUCUGAACUGUCUGGAGACGUCCCACGCGGUGGAGAGUGAGAAGCUGAAGGUAGAGGUGUCUAAGCUGAAGGGGAUAGAAGAGGAAGCCAAGAACAACGCCAACCGUGUCACUUCCCUUCUGGAGCAGCUGGAGAGGCUGAGGAAGGAGCUGACCACCACCCAGAAAGAGAAGAAGACCAUUGAGGACUGGGCUACCAAGUACAGGGAUGAGAUGGAAAAGAUGGUAGCAGAGCUGAAGCAGCAGAAUGGUCUGCUGAAGACAGAGAAAGACGACCUGAACCGAAUGAUCAAGGAACAGAGCCAGCAGAUGACAGAGAAAAUGACUCGUGCAUUAGCGGAGGAGACUCAGCAGUUGGAGAGCGAUCUGAACGAGGAGAGGUCUCGCUACCAGAACCUCCUAACAGAACACCUGAGACUGGAGGAACGCUACGACGACCUCAAGGAAGAAAUCACUCUCUCUGUGAGCGUGCCCAAGCCCGGCCACAGGAGAACAGACUCCACCCACAGCAGCAACGGAUCAGAGUGCACCUACAACUCAGAGUUCGCCGAAUCAGAAGAAAGUUCCCGACAUGGAGAAGAUGUGACCCGGGGCAUGGACACGUCUCUGACUCUGAAGCUGCAGAAGCGCGUAACCGAGCUGGAGCAGGAGAAAUCCUCUCUCCGCAACGAGCUAGAAAACAAGGAGGACCAGUUCCAGCGGGCUAGAGUCAGGGAUGAUGAGGAGCAUAAGAAAUCACGUGGAGCAGAACUGGAGUACGAGUCUCUCAAGCGCCAGGAGCUGGAUUCCGAGAACAAGAAGUUGAAGCAUGACCUGACCGCCAUGAGGCAGAGCCUGCUGGGUAAUGCAGGCGCUGGGGCGGGGGCACCAGGAAGUCCACCCUACAAAGUUCUCAUGGACCAACUGAACUCCUCGUGCGAGGAGCUGGAGGUGCGGAAAGAGGAGGUGUUGAUUCUACGAUCUCAACUGGUCUCACAGAAGGAGGCCAUGCAGCACAAGGAUGAGAAGGAGACGAUGACAGAGCCAGUGCACUAUGCAGAGGAUGUCCAUAAGAUGAAGGACUCUGGUGCAAUCACUCAGGCUUAUCUAGGACUCAAAGAGACCAACAGAUCUCCCAGGUUCUUGCGUAAACCACUAGAAGCGAAUGAGCUCCUAAAUCGGCUCAGACUGUUGGAGGGCCAGAUGCAGCAGCAGCGGCGUAGCUAUGACAACGAGGUGGAGGUGUUGCGAGGGGAGUUACAGAGUGUUAAAGAGGAGAAUAACCGUCAACAACAGCUGCUGGCCCAGAACCUGCAGCUCCCACCAGAGGCACGCAUAGAGGCUAGUCUACAGCAUGAGAUCACACGACUCACCAACGAAAACCUGGAGAUGCUGAGGACUGAGGAUCCAACAGCAUAUCGCAGCGCCAAAGUCAACAUAUUACGACGGAUGGUUGACCUCAUGGAACAGCUGGAGAAGCAGGAUAAAACUAUCCGUAAGCUUAAGAAACAGCUGAAGGUGUUCUCAAAGAAGAUUGGAGAAAUGGGAGCUGGACAUGUUGAGACUAUAUCUCCGGGUCAGAUGGUUGAAGAGACGGUCCGUCCGGUGAACAUUCCUCGUCGCGAGAAAGACUUCCAGGGAAUGUUGGAGUACAAGAAGGAGGAUGAGCUGAAACUGGUUAAGAACCUCAUACUGGAGUUGAAGCCUCGUGGUGUAGCGGUGAAUCUGAUCCCAGGCCUGCCAGCCUACAUCCUCUUCAUGUGUCUGAGGCAUGCAGACUAUGUCAACGAUGACCAGAAGGUCAGGACGCUGCUCACAUCCACCAUCAACAGCAUCAAGAAGAUACUCAAGAAACGGGGGGAUGACUUUGAGACGGUCUCCUUCUGGCUGUCCAACACCUGCCGCUUCCUACACUGUCUGAAACAGUACAGCGGAGAUGAGUCGUUUAUGAAGCACAACACUCCUAAGCAGAAUGAUCACUGCCUGUCUAACUUUGACCUGGCUGAGUACCGUCAGGUCCUCAGUGACCUGGCCAUUCAGAUCUACCAGCAGCUCAUCAAAUGCAUGGAGAACAUCCUACAGCCCAUGAUAGUCUCUGGUAUGUUGGAGCAUGAGACCAUCCAGGGUGUGUCGGGGGUUAAGCCGACCGGUCUGCGUAAACGGACAUCGAGCAUCGCUGACGAGGGAACCUACACGCUGGAAUCCAUCUUACGCCAGCUCAGCGCUUUCCACUCCACCAUGUGUCAGCACGGCACCGACCCUGAACUCAUCAAACAGGUUGUGAAGCAGCAGUUCUACAUCAUUGGAGCUGUGACUCUCAACAAUCUACUGCUGCGUAAAGACAUGUGCUCCUGGAGCAAAGGCAUGCAGAUCAGGUAUAACGUGAGUCAGCUGGAGGAGUGGCUGCGUGACAAGUCUCUGAUGCUGUGUGGAGCCAAGGAGACUCUGGAGCCUCUGAUUCAGGCUGCUCAGCUGCUGCAAGUCAAGAAGAAGACGGACGAAGACGCCGAGGCCAUCUGCUCCAUGUGCAACAGCUUGUCCACAUCUCAGAUUGUGAAGGUGUUGAACCUGUACACUCCAGUCAACGAGUUUGAAGAGAGGGUGUCUGUUACCUUCAUACGAACCAUACAGACUCGUUUGCGGGACCGCUGUGAGACUCCUCAGCUGUUGAUGGACACUAAGAUCAUCUACCCAGUCACCUUCCCUUUCAACCCCUCCUCUCUGGCCCUGGAGACUAUCCAAAUACCAGGCUCCCUCAACCUAGCCUUCCUUACCCGCGUCUAACACACACACACACACACACAUACACAACUAAUAGAUAGGCUAUACAUAUGUACACAUGCAUACACAAAGCAUUCUCUUCCUAACACAUCCAAACACUUACAUACAGUGCACACACACAUACACACGCUCAGCUUCCACCCUACGGUAGUCUUUAUAUCAGUAGUUGAAAGCCCAUCCUCCUCCGCGUGUACAAAUGCUCAACUCUAAGAGAAUGCACCGCUACAGGCCACCUUUUCUCCUAUCUUACCCCCUUUUACUAAGCUACACUCCCCACCUACAACCCCAUUUCAGACCUAGUACCGUGUUCCCCCAGUCCUCUUUUCUCCUCUUUGUUCUCUUCUCAAUAGUGUAGUGUUUUCUAGCAGUCCGGUUCUCCCAUAGGAAUGUAUUACGGUACACUUAAGCUAGCUGUCCAGGGCUAGCAUCACAGCUAGCUAGCUCCUUCAGCUAAGCUCAGCUAGCAUCUGUUGUGUUAUGAUAGGAUGCUAGCGCUUCCACAGUUAUCUAGCUAGCAUCAGUUUUGAGUACAUCGUUAUCAACUCACCCACUGAACACAUUCAAGCCAAGUGCAGUACCCAUUGUCUGUACCAUACUUUUAUACAUAUAUAAAUACAUAUAAAUAUUAAUAUAUAUAUAUAUCACGCUAGGGUGUUUUAUUUAUUGCAUUUAUCUCACUCCCUUUCCUAAAAUACGUUUUUCUUUGCAGACAGAAAACAUGGAUACCAUAGACUUGUAGGCUUAUCUCUCCAGCUUUCCAGACCGGAGAGAAGUAUGGCCUUGGAAAGACCACUAGAGUCCUGUAGUAUUAGAAUUAUGUCUACAGCAGAUGAUCUAUGCAGUCUCAUUUAAUUAGCACUAUUUAAUGUAGCUUUUUAUUUGUUUAGCUCAUGAUGUAUUGUGCUUUAAGAUCUCUCUGCCGUAGCUUUGUCCUGCUUUAACCUGCUUCUCUAGUAGAUCUGCACUUUAGCACCACUGCACCAGAGGUUGAAAUAGAGGAUUAGACUGGAACAGAGGUUGAAAUAGAGGAUUAGACUGGAACAGAGGUUGAAAUAGAGGAUUAGACUGGAACAGAGGUUGAAAUAGAGGAUUAGACUGGAACAGAGGUUGAAAUAGAUGAUUAGACUGGAACAGAGGUUGAAAUAGAGGAUUAGACUGGUACAGGUUGAAAUAGAGGAUUAGACUGGAACAGAGGUUGAAAUGGAGGAUUAGACUGGAACAGAGGUUGAAAUAGAGGAUUAGACUGGAACAGAGGUUGAAAUAGAGGAUUAGACUGGGACAGAGGUUGAAAUAGAGGAUGAGACUGGAACAGAGGUUGAAAUAGAGGAUGAGACUGGAACAGAGGUUGAAAUAGAGGAUGAGACUGGAACAGAGGUUGAAAUAGAGGAUGAGACUGGAACAGGUUGAAAUAGAGGAUUAGACUGGAACAGGUUGAAAUAGAGGAUUAGACUGGAACAGAGGUUGAAAUAGAGGAUUAGACUGGAAAAGAGGUUGAAAUAGAGGAUUAGACUGGAACAGAGGUUGAAAUAGAGGAUUAGACUGGAACAGAGGUUGAAAUAGAGGAUUAGACUGGAACAGAGGUUGAAAUAGAGGAUUAGACUGGAACAGAGGUUGAAAUAGAGGAUUAGACUGGAACAGAGGUUGAAAUAGAGGAUUAGACUGGAACAGGUUGAAAUAGAGGAUGAGACUAGAACAGGUUGAAAUAGAGGAUUAGACUGGAACAGAGGUUGAAAUAGAGGAUUAGACUGGAACUGAGGUUGAAAUAGAGGAUUAGACUUGAACAGAGGUUGAAAUAGAGGAUUAGACUGGAACAGAGGUUGAAAUAGAGGAUUAGACUGGAACAGAGGUUGAAAUAGAGGAUUAGAUUGGAACAGAGGUUGAAAUAGAGGAUUAGACUGGAACAGAGGUUGAAAUAGAGGAUGAGACUGGAACAGGUUGAAAUAGAGGAUUAGACUGGAACAGAGGUUUAAAUAGAUAGAGGAUUAGACGUGCAGUAGUUGGCUAGACUGGACGAGUAGUUUAGAUGGGUAUGGGUAUAAAACUAUCAGGUUUAGACGGCUUCAGCUACUGUACUUGCUUCUCCACUUUAACUAAGUAGUUUGGUUUCAAAACCCCUACAGAGGACUCACUAACUCUCACACACACUAGUGACUGUUGUUAAAAACACUGGAUCCUACAUAUCCACUACCACAGCGUUUCCCUGAUUUUAAAAAAUGGGGUCGGAAAAAAAUAUAAUAAAACCGUUCAUAGAACCAGGGUUACGUCGGUAACCUCCGGUAGCCUCUAGAUACAGUUGUAAUAAACAGAGCGGUUUCUGUUUUCUUCCUACAAAUGUGGCUCUAUCUUUUAAAAGAUACAACAUAUAAUGACCCCAUCACUGAAAGAUCAGACUCUCAGGAACACGGAUGUGUCUUCUGUUUCCUUCUACAAUGGCCACAAGCCUCAUUAGAUCAGAGUGGACAAGACCAGGAACUAAAUCAGCUGAAACAAUAAGUUUACAUUAGUGUUGAUUUCAUCACUUUUUUCUACAUGGUGGAGGUGUGAUUUGUUAUUAUAUCAAAAUGGGGCUGCAGACCAAACAGUUGGAACUCCUGCAGUAACAACUACUACAUAUCUACAUGUCCUCACCCCACCACUCUGUCUGCUCCACUCUCUGUACAUUAUGAUGGACAAGAUCUAUAGGUAUUCCUUUCAGUAUUAUAGCCUUGGAAAGGAGGUUGUGUGUUACUAAACCUGGUUACCACUGAGCCAGUCUGUUUUACUGUAGUUGCUCUCAUAAUCCAUCGCAUUUAGACUCAAUAUCAACCAUGUCUUGAAUGUUUUCCCCUACAGCCUGUAUGAUAAUGCUGCCUUGCCAGCUUUACUCCAGAAACUAAAUCACUUCUUUGUAGACAAACUAUUACAUGCCCUGGCUACAGUCUCUACCCUACCCUACUCUAACUCUUACCCCCUUCUUUCAUUCCCUACUAACCUACUCUAACUCUUACCCCCUUCUUUCAUUCCCUACUAACCUACUCUAACUCUUACCCCCUUCUUUCAUUCCCUACUAACCUACUCUAACCCCCUUCUUUCAUUCCCUACUAACCUACUCUAACUCUUACCCCCUUCUUUCAUUCCCUACUAACCUACUCUAACUCUUACCCCCUUCUUUCAUUCCCUACUAACCUACUCUAACUCUUACCCCCUUCUUUCAUUCCCUACUAACCUACUCUAACCCCCUUCUUUCAUUCCCUACUAACCUACUCUAACUCUUACCCCCUUCUUUCAUUCCCUACUAACCUACUCUAACCCCCUUCUUUCAUUCCCUACUAACCUACUCUAACCCCCUUCUUUCAUUCCCUACUAACCUACUCUAACAACUCCUUCACUGUCUCCCCAACCCCUUCUUCACUGUCUCCCCAACCCCUUCUUCACUGUCUCCCCUACCCCUUCUUCACUGUCUCCCCUACCCCCUCUUCACUGUCUCCCCAACCCCUUCUUCACUGUCUCCCCAACCCCUUCUUCACUGUCUCCCCAACCCCUUUUUCACUGUCUCUCCAACCCCUUCUUCAAUGUGUCCCAACAUCAGCCAAGUCUGUUUUCAUGGCUCUACUUUUAGAGAAAGCAACCAUGUUUUUACUCAGUACCAGAUAGUGACCAGGAGAGGGCGACAUUGGACACUAGGUCACAUGACUGUGGCUUCUCUAAAACCAGACGUUCUGCCAGAUGUUCUAUAGAAUCAAAGAAGAUAUACUAACAUUCUAUUCACUACCACUAAGGCCCUUCUAACCUCUCUGACUGGUCAAGCGCUGAGGGACAGAAAGGAUAGAACUACAUUUCUCAUCAUCGUUGCCUCUCUUCCUUACUUGUGCCAUCAGUGUUCACCCAAACCCUAACUGCUCAUCAACCAUCAACUUUAUUUAACCAUCAACCUUAUUGUUUAACCUUCAACCUUAUUACUUACCGUGACCUUUAUUUGCCUCCCAACCCUGACCCUUUGAAUUUUGUUCCCUGGCCUAUAGAGAGACACGACUCAGAAAAACAUAUUAUUAUUACUAUCAUUGAUGUAGGAGUCAAGUUCAUCUUUAAACUUGUUUUGUGGUGCAAUUUCAUUAAUAAUCAUAUAUUUAUUAUUGGGACCAUCAUGAGUGUAUUGUAUAAAAAUUAAAAAUGGCCUUUUUGUUACAUUUUUGCAGCGUUGCAUUUUAAUGAAGGAUUUUUAGGAUGAAGUUUUAGGUUGUUCAACAUGUUUAUAGUGAUACCAGAUCUACAAUGCAUAUCUGCAUCUUGGACGAUACUGGAAUACUGCAGGUUUUAGGUUGUUCAACAUGUUUAUAGUGAUACCAGAUCUACAAUGCAUAUCUGCAUCUUGGACGAUACUGGAAUACUGCAGGUUUUAGGUUGUUCAACAUGUUUAUAGUGAUACCAGAUCUACAAUGCAUAUCUGCAUCUUGGACGAUACUGGAAUACUGCAGGUUUUAGGCUGUUCAACAUGUGUAUAGUGAUACCAGAUCUAAAAUUCAUAUCUGCAUCUUGGACGAUACUGGAAUACUGCAGGUUUUACCCUUGUGAAUGUUUUAGCUGUUAUUGAUCAUACAUAUAGGAUGACUUCAUUGUUACUCAUGUUUGGGACAAAGCCUUACAUAUGAUUUUAAAAACACUAUCAUCUCCUGUCUUUGUCUGUGUCUGUCUGUUACACGACUACUGUUUUAAAAAGUAGCAUUAUUAUUGAAUGUUUUGACAAGUUGACCUUAGAUCUUAUUUCAGAGGCUGGGAUGGAAGGAUUGUUUUGACAAGUUGACCUUAGAUCUUAUUUCAGAGGCUGGGAUGGAAGGAUUGUUUUGACAAGUUGUCCUUAGAUCUUAUUUCAGAGGCUGGGAUGGAAGGAUUGUUUUGACAAGUUGUCCUUAGAUCUUAUUUCAGAGGCUGGGAUGGAAGGAUUGUUUUGACAAGUUGUCCUUAGAUCUUAUUUCAGAGGCUGGGAUGGAAGGAUUGUUUUGACAAGUUGUUCUUAGAUCUUAUUUCAGAGGCUGGGAUGGAAGGAUUGUUUUGACAAGUUGUCCUUAGAUCUUAUUUCAGAGGCUGGGAUGGAAGGAUUGUUUUGACAAGUUGUCCUUAGAUCUUAUUUCAGAGGCUGGGAUGGAAGGAUUGUUUUGACAAGUUGUCCUUAGAUCUUAUUUCAGAGGCUGGGAUGGAAGGAUUGUUUUGACAAGUUGACCUUAGAUCUUAUUUCAGAGGCUGGGAUGGAAGGAUUGUUUUGACAAGUUGUCCUUAGAUCUUAUUUCAGAGGCUGGGAUGGAAGGAUUGUUUUGACAAGUUGUCCUUAGAUCUUAUUUCAGAGGCUGUGAUGGAAGGAUUGUUUUGACAAGUUGUCCUUAGAUCUUAUUUCAGAGGCUGGGAUGGAAGGAUUGUUUUGACAAGUUGUCCUUAGAUCUUAUUUCAGAGGCUGUGAUGGAAGGAUUGUUUUGACAAGUUGUCCUUAGAUCUUAUUUCAGAGGCUGGGAUGGAAGGAUUGUUUUGACAAGUUGACCUUAGAUCUUAUUUCAGAGGCUGGGAUGGAAGGAUUGUUUUGACAAGUUGUCCUUAGAUCUUAUUUCAGAGGCUGGGAUGGAAGGAUUGUUUUGACAAGUUGUCCUUAGAUCUUAUUUCAGAGGCUGGGAUGGAAGGAUUGUUUUGCUUUCUGUCUAGUUGCACUUUUUGAAAUAUUUACUGAACAAGUUGAAUAAAUGCUGAUAAAGUUAGCUCUGUCUGCCCUUAACCUAUCUGAUAUUCUAAUUUCUUUGAUCAUCCUGUGGUUUAUGCUCCUCCAGAGAGGUCAUCUAGCUGUAGUCAUUUACACAGUAGAAGGCUAUAGUCUUACUGACUAUCCCAAAUGGUACCAUAUUCACUAGAUAGUGCACAGCUUUUGACCAGGGACCAUAGGGAAUAGGGCGCCAUUUGGUAUGUACCCUUAGCCCAUUUCUAUGAUUAGCCUUCUUCAAGCAGUGUAGAUGGACCACUCUUCCCGCUCUCCCCUUCCCUUAUAGUGUCCCAGUCUGUAUAUGCCGUGUGCCUCAGACAGGCUUGUUCACGUAGACACUCUGUGGUACGACCGGUCUUCACCUCAUUUCAGAUAUACAUUUUAACAUCUCCAGAUGGUUCUUAAAAUAGAUACUUAAAAUCUCCCUUUUUUUUAUGGCUUUGACAAUUGAGGUCAAUGCUAAAGUAUCACAUCAAGUCACGACAUCAUCACCAACCGACACAUCUCAUUGAUCUAAUGAUCUUCAGACUUCAUACAGUCCACCUGUGGAAGAGAUGCUGAACUCUGCUCUCUCCUCUCCAUCUCCUCGCUUCUAUUCACUUCUUUGUCCUCUCUCCUCCCAUGUGUACAUCGGGUGAACUGGACUGUGUGUAUAAUUCCUGGUAGCUGUACUUAGUGAAUGUGUUCACCAUUAAGAAACUUGGAAUAAGUUUAAAUUGUCAAACCCUGUAAAAGACAAAUAAAGGAAUUCAGCA